GGUGCCGAGGCGAUUAAGAGUAAAGGCCAUGACAAGCUGAAGGGCGUAGAAUUGACCGAUGGUGGAGCAGGCAAAAGUAAUGAACGGUCAAUGGUGAGGGUCGUUUUCAUAUCGCUCCUAUUUGAUUUACUCGCCUUCACCAUGAUCCUGCCACUAAUGCCUUCUUUGCUCGAGCACUAUCGACAAAAUGAUAGCUCCGGCUUGUAUAACUUGCUGACGCGGCGCAUACACUGGUUCCAGCAGCAGGUGGGCGCACCAGAACGAUAUACAUCGGUGCUGUAUGGCGGAUUCCUGGGUUCCAUGUUCAGCUUUUUGCAAUUUGUGGCAAGUCCCAUUGUGGGUGGACUAUCGGAUUACUAUGGCCGCAAGCCUUUAAUGCUUAUAUGUGGGGCUGGUAUUGCUUUAUCCUAUCUACUUUGGGGGCUCUCAAGUAAUUUCGCACUUUUCGUGCUGGCUCGAUUUGUGGGCGGUAUCAGCAAAGGCAAUAUAUCGCUAUGCAUGUCCAUCAUCACUGAUGUCUCCAGUGUGAAGACACGUUCGUUUGGUAUGGCAUUAGUGGGUGUCGCAUUUUCAGUAGGCUUCAUCGCCGGUCCUAUAAUUGGUGCCUUAUUUGCGCGUUCAUUGAAUAAAUCAUGGGAAUCAUGGUAUGUGGCACCUUCAUUGUGUGCCUUUGCAUUAGCCAUGUGUGAUUUGGGUGUUAUUGCAUUUAAACUUAAAGAAACAUUACCCAAGGAAAAACGUGCCAAAGAGAUAUCUUCCGCUAUGUCAUAUGCUAUACAGUUAUUGGAUGUGCGCUCAAUAUUCAAGUAAGUAUGGAACGAAAAGUGUUCAAGCGAAUCAGACGCGUAGAUACUCUCCCACGAUAAUUUUUAUGUU